CUCAGAUCUAAUAUAAAAUGCCAUUCUCUUAUUUCUAAAAUUGAUAAGAAAAGCCUAUUAGUCUGAAUAUUAUUAAGUUGAAAAAUAAUGUAAAAAUUGAAAGAAUCAAAGUUUAUUUUGUUAUUGAGAAUACAGAAUAGUUUCAAUCAGAAUAUGAAAUAACGAUUGAAGAAGUAUAUAAUAGUGUGGAUAUGAAUAUUAGAGGUAUUUGAAAUAGCAUAUAAAUUGAUAGGUUAAAACUCAAAGAUUCAUUUAUGGGACACAGCAGGAGAUGAGAAAUUUAUAUUUCUAAUUUCAUAAUAUUAUAGAAAUGUAAUGCACCUAUCAUUGUGUAUGAUAUUAUACAAAGUGAAACCUUUUUAUUUGUUUCAACUUGACUCAAAGAAUUAGAAGAAAAAAUCAAAAAGGAUGGUAAGAAUAACUUACAUAAUUGAGUGAUUACCCUGGCUUUGAUAGGCAAUUUAUACAAUUGGUUAGAAUCUUAAAGAAAAAGUCCCAAAGUCUAAAACUUCUGAUUUUGCAAAGAACAAUGGUAUGAUAUUGUAUGAAAUAUCCGCAAAAACAGGAAAGGUGUUAAUAAUUUAUUUUAGUAAUUAAUUGAGACAUAU